AUUGUGAUUAUUGUCCUAAUCCUGCUUGAAUCUAAUAGAAGACACGUCGAGAGAAGAGAAUCGAAGCGCGCGAAGCCAUCAUCAGCUUCAUCCUAGAUUGCGAAUCACAGAUGUCUAUAUCCAAUAAUAUAGCUGCUCGUGAUCGAAGGAUGUUACCAAUUUUUCUCUCCGCCGUUCGUUCUUUCGUUCAUCGUUACACGAUUUCUGCCCCGUGACGUCAUCCAGUUGCCAGGUAACCGACAAUCAGUUAUAACGACCGGCGAUAGAUAUGAAUUUCGCAAGUGCGUUCGACAUUUUAUUUUGAACGCGCUUACCGAGGAAGAAUGUCGAAUGCGACGUACGACGAGCUCUGGAGGGAGGCCCAGACGUUGCUCGCGGAGACGAUCCAGGCAGAUACGGUGCUCCAGGGCGCGAAGCCGCAAAAGGAUCGUAAUACAACCGCAGAAACGCCUGCUACUCCAGAAAUCGUUGAACGCGAGUCUGGGCAGGGUGUUGGAGCUCAAACACGAUCUGGUCAAUAUCGAUCUAUCGGAACACAGCUAUUACGACGACGCGUUGCUCGAGUGCGAGGUGACACCGCAGGAAACCGAGAUCCAGAUACCAAAGUAUUACAGGCGCGAACGUGCUGUGGAAAUCGCGGAGAGACGGAGAUUCAUCGAGGAUACGCUCCGAAAUUUGGGCGCGCUUCACGAGGCCAUCGUGCCGAAAAAAAUCACCGAGUCGCAGGCUAUAAGACUUAUUCAGGCGCAUGAACGAGCAAGACAAGGUAGAUUGCGAUAUCAAUUUAUGAAAGAAAUCCGUGAAAUGAAAGAAAGAUCGACUACUAAACCAGAAGUCGCUGACGAGGAUGAAGCAAGCGAAAAGCUCGCAGCGCUGAAAAUUCAGAAGAUAUGGAAAGGAUAUAUCACUAGAUGCCGUGUUCGCAAGAGACGCCUCGAGGAGAUGCUGUUGAUAGGAAUGCUGCAGCCUAGUCAAACGAUUACGGAAAAUGCCAGACAAGCGGAGAGACUGAAGCAGCAGAGAUAUGAAAAGCAAUUGGAUUUUCAACAACAAUACCAAGAUCUGAUACUGGAGGCGAAAGAAAGAAUUCGCAACGAGAAAAGCGCCGUCAUGGAGGAAAAUAUCAGGAGUGAAAUUCGAAAUUGGAUCGAAACUUACUUUCAACAAACUGGGAAAAUACCCGAUUUACCAUCUGCCGAAAGUGGUGGUUCGCGCAUGAUUUUCAGCAGACAGGGAACUGAAAGUACCGUGAGCAAAUCCACCGCAGUAUCGUCGAAAGAAUCGAAGAAAUCGAAACGCUCAAAAUCGAAAAAAGAUAGCGAAACGGAGCAGUCGGAGGAUGAGACGGAUCUAGGAUUCAAAUCGGUUCCUUCCAAUUUCCUACCGGAAUUGAUUCACGCAAAUCAGGAGUAUCAGGAUGUCUGGAGGGACAAGGAUGAAUCCUCGAAUCCGAUGCAACUACCUUAUUGCGACAUGAUAGAAGCGAAGAAGACGAAGGAAGUCGAGGACGAAGUCAGAGCAGUUGUGGAUCAGGCAAUAAGAGGCGAUAUAGAGGCUCUUCAGGCUGCGUUAGACAGGGACAGAGGAUACAAGGGAAAACGCGCGAAGAAACCACAGAAACGUAUUCGCAGGAGCGGAAAGAAAAAUAAGAGAAAGAAAGAGAAAGAUCUGACGCCCGAUAGAACAACCGAGUCCCUUUUCGAGGAGCUUCUCACGCAGGGUAUUAUUAAACUUCACCCCGAGGUUUCCCUGGAUGAAUUCAAGGGCGAAAAGUCGUUCGUAAACUAUGAUCUUCGUAUGAAGGAGAAAGAUCCUCUUCCGACGCUUGGUGACAUAAGGCAAUUAAUUGCCGAAUACUGCAUACUUCCGCUGGGCAAUCAAGUUCUGAGAGAAUUCACACCACUCGUACGAUCUGUUCUCAUAGCCGGUCCGCACGGUAGCGGCAAAAAGUUUCUGGUGAACGCGAUCUGUACGGAAGUCGGAGCUACGCUCUUCGACAUCACGCCGGCAAAUAUAGCUGGCAAAUAUCCCGGCAAGUCGGGAUUGAUCAUGCUUGUUCAUUUAAUCUCGAAGGUAUCACGAUUGCUGCAGCCGUCAGUGAUCUUCAUGGAUGACGCAGAAAAGCCAUUUGUGAAGAAAGUACCAAAAACAGAUAAGACUGAUCCGAAACGUUUGAGGAAAGAUCUACCGAAACUUGUCAAGAGUAUCACGGGUGAGGACAGGGUUCUGCUUAUCGGGACAUCCAACAAACCUUGGGAUGGCGAUCAAAAACUCUUGUAUCAGACUUACGACAAAGUCAUUUACAUUCCUAGACCGGACUAUGGAACUGUGUCUCUCAUAUGGAAGGAUCUAUUGUACAAAUACUCUGGAAUUAAUCGCCAAUUUGAUACAUCGGCUAUGGCUAAAGCGUGCGAUGGUUUCACAAUCGGCGCCGUUUUAGCAACAAUUAAUGAGGUGAUGACUACAAAACGUAUGGUACAACUACGAACUCAUUCUUUGACACAUGCCGAGUUGGUAAAUGCGUUGAGUUUUAAGGAUCCAGUAUAUCGUGAAGAGGAAGACGCAUUUUUAGCUUGGUUUUCCAAAACGCCAACCUGUCGACGGAAACAAAAAGCUGUUGAAUUGGAACUCGAAAAAUUGAACGAAGCAAAUGAGUCGCAAAAAAAGAAAGGAGGAAAAUAAUGGAUAUAAAUCUCAUGUAAUAAGAAUAUCGAUGUGACAUCUCUAUCUGCAUCUCUGGAACCUAAUUUACGAAAAUCCUUCGAAAAGUGAAUCAUUUGUUGGAUUUUUAUCUGUGGCUAUUUAAAGAACAUAAUAUAUACAUCGGCUAAUAAGUUGAUCAGUUACAAGAAACAAUGAAUUCAAAAACAGUGGUCAAGAAUUGAAAAGAAAGGUCUUGGAUCUUUAAAUGUUUACGACGCAUAUUUAUCUUUAAGAAAAACUGCUUUUAACAUGUGCUGGAAUGGAACUUAAACUUAGGUAAUGUUCAUGAUGAAAAAAGAUCUAUUCUCGGAUCUAUAUAUUUGUCAAAUUCUCCAUUUCGAUGAGCCGCACCUAAAAAUCUGGCUCAAAUGUAAUAUCUAAUCUAAUCUUUUUGCAUUAUCGAUGCUAUUACAUUAUUUUAGUGACAUUAUUGCUAUAUCGGAAUAUAUGAUUCGUAUAUGUAAAAUCGCUCGUUGCAACGAACC